AUGGCCCAAUACGUCCCUCCUCAACAAUAUGGUGGUCAACAGCAGCUGCAACAGCAACCGCCACAACAGGCUGCCAUGAGAAUUCAACCUGUCUCUCAUGCUGUUGAAUCUGCUCUUAUAGAAAUCUCCAUUCCUAAUUCGAGCCAUCCGCUGUACGAAGGAAUGAUUAAUAGCAUAGGCCUGGUACUCGGCUGCUGCGGAUCCAUCCCCUGUUUGUGCUGUUUCCCCAAUCCAUACCGCACCGUCAAUCAAGGAAAUGUUGGUCUGAUCUCGCGUUUCGGUCGAUUCUACAAAUCUGUCGACCCUGGACUGUAUUUCAUCAAUCUGUUUUCAGAGUCGCUCAUGUCUGUCGAUAUCAAAAUCCAAGUCGAAGACAUUCCAAAACAAAUUGUCAUGACCAAAGACAAUGUCCUCGUAUCUGUCGACAGUGUGCUAUACUGGCAUGUUGUGGAUGUCUAUCAGGCCACUUUCGCAGUAUCUGAUGUCAGGAAAGCGCUUUUGGAGCGUGCUCAGACUACUUUGAGACAAAUUCUCGGCAUGAGAACAUUGCAAGACACUGUCGAAAACAGAGAUGUUAUUGCACAUGAGAUUCAAACGAUCAUUUCUGGACCUGCUGAAUCAUGGGGUGUCAAGGUCGAAUCCAUCUUGAUCAAGGACUUGCAAUUCAGUCAAGAUUUGCAAGAAUCCCUUUCUAUGGCUGCCAAACAGAAGAGAGCAGGAGAGGCAAAGGUCAUUCUCGCAGCCGCCGAGGUUGAGUCUGCAAAGUUGAUGAGAGAAGCCUCAGAUAUAUUGAACACGCCUGCUGCCAUGCAGAUAAGAUAUUUGGAAACGCUGAGUGGAAUGGCGAGAAGUGCUGGGACGAAAGUCAUCUUCAUGCCUCAAAACUCCAAUCUGCAAAGCAUUAUGCAGGCGAAUGUCUUGGAAAACAUGAAUUCCUGA